GGCUAAUACCAAGAGGAAUACAAAAGAUGCUAAAGUUGUGGCAGUGACAUUGAGGAGUGGAAAGGCCUUGGAAGACCCUAGCAGCUCAAAAAAGGCACCAGAGGCAGAAGAGGAAGCACCGGGAGAAAGAUCUUGUGCAGAAAAUGAGGAAUCAGCCUUGCACAGGCAAAAUGAAAGCAGUUUGCCUGUGCAAAAGCAGCCUCCCCGUGCAAAACCAACGGGGGGAAAAUGUGAAGAGGGAGGAGCUAAAACCUUAUGACCCACCCGCACCAUUCCCUCAAAGGUUGAUGAAGCCCUUGGAGGACCCGAACUUCAAAAAAUUUGUGAAUCUCUUCAAGCAAUUGCACAUCAACAUUCCGCUAGCUGAGGCUCUUGAGAAAAUGCCCACAUAUGCCAAAUUUCUUAAGGAAUUGUUGACAAAGAAGAGAAAAUGGACUGAUUUGGAGAAAGUAACACUCACACCAGAGUGUAGUGUUGUGAUCCAAAAUAAAUUUCCAGAGAAGAGGGAGGAUCUGGGGAGCUUCACCAUCCCAUGUAUUGUUGGUGAGACAGAGUUUACAAAGUCGCUUUGUGAUCUUGGAGCCGGCAUAAACCUCAUGCCAUAUUCUGUUUAUAAGAAGCUGGGACUCCAAGAUGUGAUCAAGCCGACUCGAAUUACUCUACAGCUGGUUGAUCGAUCAGUAAAGGUCCCCAAAGGCGUGGUGGAGCACGUGCUAGUGAAGGUGGGAAAAUUCAUCUUCCCCGCCGACUUCGUCAUUCUAGAGAUGGAGGAGGACAGGGAAGUACCUCUCAUUCUUGGGAAACCCUUCCUAGCUACGGGGGGUGCUCUCAUAGAUGUCCAAAAGGGGGAGCUGACAUUCAGAGUCUGUGGGAAAGAGGUAAAAUUCAACGUAUACCAUGCAAGUAAGUACCCUAAUGACUCUAGUGAUGUGUUUGCGGUGGAUGUCAUAGAAUCAAGCACUGAUGCUAUUUUGAACAAUGAUUAUGAUGCUAAUUCUAAGUUUGAUGAUUCUGAUAAUGAACUUGAUGAGCUAAUCGUGUCAAAGAGGGCACAAAUGCUCGAAGCAUUGCCUAUGCAGGUGGAAGGUGAUGAAAAGGCUGGGUUUCCAAAGACAAUGGUUCCAUCUCGGGUCCAGCCUCCGGAAUUGGAACUAAAACCAGUGCCAGGUCACCUCAAGUAUAGAUAUUUGGGUAAGGAUUUCAAUCUUCUUGUUAUUAUUCCUUCUUCACUGACAUUGAAACAAGAAGAGUACUUGCUUGAGGCACUGCAAUACCACCUACGCCUCACUAAAGGGUCCAACAUGCAAGCUAAGAAGGUCAUACCCAAUUUUCGCACACCUGGCCCUGCUGAGGUGACUCAUAUGUUGGAUGGAGGUUAUGCGUUCUAUCAUUGCUUGGGAGGGUAUGCUGGAUACCUUUCCAUACCCAUUGGUUGAAAGCUCCAUGAACGUCAGGCUGAGGACGUUAAACAAGCACUUCUUGGGAGGCAACCCAAGGUAAGUUUUCUUUUCUUUAUUUUUCUUUUUAGUUGUGUCAAACCCAUGCAUGUUUAGAUUAGGAGUUGAACAUUAGGGACAAUGUUCCAUCCUGAGUGUGGGGUGGCGAGUCUUAGUGUUUGUUUGUUCCUUUUGUCAUGUGGUCGGUAAAAAAAAUCAAAAAAAUCAAAAAAAAAAAUUGCCAUUAGGUUGAGCACAGCCAAACUGCAUGCAGUUUGCCUGUGUAAAAAGCAGGCUGCCUGUGCAAAGCUAAUGUCUAAAAAACACCUAAAAUCAGGGAAAAUAAAAAACAAAACCUUGUACUCUUGUGGUAACAUGAUGUAAAUUACUGUGAUGCCUUGAAAAUGAGUUUGUGCUUGAAUGAAAUCAUCAAAAUCACCCCACUAGUGUUGAAUUGCAUAGUUCUUCACAAUGAGCUUGGAUGUUUUGACUGACUUGAUAUGCUUUGAAUGAGAAACUCUUUUAGCAACAUUCUCUUUUGUGAGGAUAGUGUAACGACUUUUGGUGAAGUAGUUAGGUGCAGAACAUUGACCAUUCGACAUGUUUGGAUACCGUGCUUACUUGCAUCAAUUGUGAGCUUCUGAUUUUGCAACGAGUCUCUGUUUUGAUUGUUUUAUGAUGGGGUGAACUGUAUCUUCAUAAAAGAAAACACUACCUGACAAGUAAAAUAUAAGGAAGUUGCCAUAACAAUUAAAGUGUGGGUAAAAAUGCCAAAAUCGUGUGAGGCAAUCACUCAUUGCACAUGGGGAUUAGGAAAGAUUCAAUUGAGAAUCGGUUCGCGACCGUACGAUGUUGCUUAUCAAGUACAAUCCCCAGUUGAGUGAAGUGCCAUUAGAGGAUGUGCAAUGACCCUCCACACGGACCGAGGAAAAGGAGUUAAAAGAAGCCCUUAUGCGAGUGCUAAGAAGCAGAAAUUGCUCUUGCUCGGUCACCGGUAGUAAGAAACAAAUCCCACUUGUACUAAAUACGACCACUCGGCAAGCAAAAUCAGAAAGAGAGAAAGCUUCUCCUUGUCAUAAAAGUUAGUGAUGUGCUUCCCCCAUUAGUUUUUGAGACUCAUGCUUAAUUAAUUGCUUAUGAUUGGUGUGAGUAAGCCAAAUUGUCCUCACGAGAUAUGCACCUCACUGAUGUGGUUAGAUUCUCCUAAUAAUUGUUGCACCAUAAGUUGUUAACCACCCACUAUUGACGAUCGAAAUUGAGUGUUGCUAUUUGAGUUUUUGGAUGGAUUUGAGUCAGUCAAUGGUUAAGGGUUGCAAAGACCUUGAGUGUGGGGUGAAAGGUAUGACCAUUAGAGCACAACUUAUCCGUUGAGAAAGAAACUACUGAUUACAACAAGAUUACAAGGAAAUUUUGUGUUUUGCUUUGAGUGUUUGAUUAGUGAGUCUGUGUUGUUUCAUUAUUUUGGAUGAUUAUGUGUUUGUGUUGUUUGAGUCGUUGCUUAGGGACAAGCAACAAUUGAGUGUGGGGUUCUGAUAUUCGCCUUUAAUAUAUCAGAUUCGUGAGUUUUAUGUGACUAUUUCAUGGUAUGUUUAAGCCGAUUUAUGUUAUUAUAGGGAGAAUUAAUCCGUAAUGGUUGAAAAGCCAUUACCAUUUUGUGUUGGAGUUUUGGUGUGUGUUUAGGUGAAAAGAUAGAUAAAAUGGCAGCACUGGAACUUCCGAAGCAGGAGAUGGCGAGAGGAAUUGGAUCCACAUUUCUUCCACAACAAAUAAUUGUGCCAAAGCCCAAAUUGAUGGGACUUUCAAUUAAUGCUGGCGGAAUUGGACUUGUUUGGGACGAGGAGAUUUGGGCCUUUAUGGAGGGAGAGGGCGGCCAUUUAUUCUGGGCCAUGAAAUUCUACUAGGUGGACACGGAAUUGGCUGGACCAGGGGAUUAAAAUUGGAGGGCGAAAUUCUUGGAAAAAGGAAAAAAGAAGAAAGGAGCGAGACACAUCAAUUAAUUGGGGGUCUCUUUUGUUAUUUUGGGGCGAAAGAAAAAAAGCAGGGCGCGACAGCAGCUUGGGACACGCAAUUGGAGAGGUGGGACCGGAGGGGAAUUCUUUUUUUGGUUCCGGGAGAGAGGCGAUAGAAGAUUUGAGCAGCGCCGAGAGGAGAAGAGCGCGAGCAGCAAUUGAAGCCCACCAGUAGCAGCGCCAAUUGGAGUGAAAAUCAGAAUUUGCGAUUUAUUUUGUAUCAGUAUUUUCUCUUCUUCUCGUUACUAGUUUCAUGAUGAUUAAAAACAUGAUUAUAUCUUUUGAUUUCGUCAUGAACUAAACCCCAAUUUCUGGGGGAAACACCAUAGGACGUAGCUAUUUCUAGAAUUGAAUGAUUGAUUCAUAGUUCUUUUCUUCCAAUCUCUAUUGCAUGAAAUUACUUAAUGCUUUGUGUUGACUGGCCACCAAUACAUUGAUUUGUAGUUAAUUAGGUUAUUAGCGACAGUGAAACCCUAUUAACUGAACAUAUUUCAUGUGACAUAGUAACUUAUCGAAGCGACAGUGGAUUAAAUAAGGUGCUAUGCGGUCUUAAAUAGGAUAUCGGUCUUCAGGCUAAAUAAUUAAGUCAUUGAGCUACACAGUAGGAUUUGAUUUAAUUGUUUAGUACGUAGUAAUUCCCGACAGGGAUAGCUAGCACAUUCGUGAUAUCCUGGCUAUAGAGAGUUGGAUUAAAUUGAUUGGAAUAUGUGAAUUAAUCUGGAUAGGAUAGGUAGUGAAUCCCGGUGUUUCUCCCAGAGCUUUCUCCCAUUUUCUCCCGACCAUUUUACUUUGCUUAAUUAGUUUAAUUAUUUUGCUAGUAGUUAAUAAUCUCAUUAAACCAUUUUCACCUAUAGUUUGCUCUACAAACUUGAUAAAAUUUAAGGUUGUACCAGUCCCUGAGAGACGAUACCCGGACUUUCCGGUUUACUACGAGAUAGGAUUAAGGCAUACGCUUUUGCCCUAUCAGCGCACCAGCGAGGUUGAUUUCACCUCUCUGGCGUCUUCUUCUCAAUUCCCAGCGUAGUUGACAACACCUUCUACCGAAUAUUGGCAGUGAGAUUUGUAUGUAUUGGUAGUGAUCUACCAUUUUGGUAGUUAUCUGCACAUUGGUAGUGAUCUUAAAAUGGUAGUGAUAUUUUGGUGGAUUGGUAUGUUAUUUGAUCUUGCAAUGGUUGUGGUCAAGAUGGGUUGCACUGUUAUUUGAUCUUGCAAUAGUAUGUGUGUGCGCUUUUGGUGAGACUGGCAUGCAUUGGUAGUGAUCUAUCAUUUUGGUAGUUAUAUGACCACUUUGUUAGUGAUCUGCCUGUGUGGUAUGGUAGUGUUCAUUGUUAUAUGUGCAAUGAUAUUGUUCUAAUUUUAUGGAAUGGUAUUGGUUACCUUUUUUUCAUUUUAUCAUGCAUACACCGUUUUGUUUGUUGUGGUAUUGAUUACCUUUUUCUUCCUUCUGUCUUGAUCUCGCAGAACCAUAUAGUAGUUUAAUUGUCCAAUAAUUACUUUCCGUAAUUAUCUAUCCCAAUCAUACACGUAAAUCAUACACGUAAUUAAUAUGAUAGUAAUGAUUGUAAUGAACACAAAAUACCAUUUCUAUCCCUAGUAGCCACGGUGAUUACUAAUACUAAGUAAUCACCGUAACCUCUCCCCACAAUACAUAUUAUUUUUUAUGUGGUACAUGUAUGAAUAUCACGUUUGGAUGAAUUAUAAGUAGUGGUAUUAUUGAUGUGCUAUUUGCACUCAAAUUUUUUAUUUUACCAAUUUGUCCUUCUUAAUAUUAUGUCUUGCUAUCUUGUGUGCAUACUUGGUCAACAUGCAUAUGGUACAGUAUUAGUAUGUAUGUAGUUCAAAACAUCAUUUUAAUAUAAAGUGUGUUAAAAUAAUCAAAUAUUUUAUAAAAUAUCAAAAGGUAAAUUUUAGAUGGUAAAAAUUUGUAUGGAGUUAUACUUUAUUUUUAAUAAAAGAGUGUUUCAAUACAUAUUGAAUUUGUAUUAGCGUCAAGCAUGAUUAAGGUAAGAGGUGCAAUCAAAUAAUGGAUAUGGCCUUAUGGGGAUAAUUGGAGAGCAAGAUACAAAAGGAGGGACUAAAAAUUAGAGGGUAGUUUGGGGUUUACAAAAAAGAAAUGAUGAUAUAAUUGGAACAAUAAAAGACAAUAAUCUUUUGGGUAUGCUUGUGGUGACUUGCAAGUCACUGUAACUUGGAGAAAAUAGAUCGACCUCUUUCAAGUCACGGUGACUUGCAAGUCACCAUAGCAAAGUCCUAAUCUUUUAUGUGGGGUUGUUCUUUCCUGCGAAAGCUGAUCCAACAAUUGAGGCCUUAGCAUAUGUCACUUUUGCAGGUUGCCUUGACACUAAGAAGUCUACAUCAUGCUGGUGUAUUCAUUUGGCAAUUUUCUUGUCUCAUGAAGGUGUCGCAAAGAAGACAAAGUUUCGAAAUCAUUAACUGAAGUCGAGCACAGGUCAAUCUCAUAAGCUAUUUUUAAACUUAUUUGGCUGCAACGGGUGCUUUUUGAGUUGGAGGUCAAGUGUCGAAUACCUAUGAAGCUCCAUGGAGAUAACUCAAGUGCAACACAUAUGGUAAUUAAUCCAAUUUUACAUUAGUGUAACAAGCAUAUAGAGGUAAAUCUACAUUACAUACGUCAGUUGGUGGCAGAAGUAGUUAUACAGCUCAGUUAUUUGACCAUAGAAGAUCAAACAACAGAUUUGUUGACAUAGACAGUUGCAUCAAGUAGACACUCGUAACUUUCAUACAAAUUGAUGUUGCGUACUCAAUGUCAAUUUGAGGGAGGAUGUUAAUUAAGGAGGAGCCUUUUGUAAUUGUACAUCUGAGUUGUUGCUAAAGUUUGUGGUGGAAAUUAUAAAUAUUGUACACGGUU